AUGUGCGAAAAUCUAAACCCGGAUCGCAUAAGGUGUGAGGCGUGCCGCACCAUCAAUCUAGCGAAGCACGUGAGCCAUCCUAAACCAGACAUGCAGAUGUAUGAUAAAUGCAGUCCUGCACAUAAAAUCUACUGUCCUCGUGUACCGGAACUGCCUAUUCGUCCUACUUGCAUUAAAGUAUGCGACAAGGAAGAAUACAAACUAAGGAAAAGCGGCAAGAAGCUAGCGCUACCAAAAAUGCCUCUACCCUAUGCGCACGGCAAGCUCAUGUACGCUGUCAAAGCUGGCGUCCUGGUAGGCGCGGUGUACUUCACGUACACGCAAGGAGUGUGGGGCGACCAGCGGGACGUCACAGAGUGUGUCCGCCGCUGGCAGGAGUACGCGCGCAGUAUCAACACUAGGCGACCGCCCACCUUCGAUCAGUGCGGUAACGUCAUAGUACGU